CAGGCUUCUGAUCUGUUUAUUCGUGCUAUCGAAGCCAGGGUUCACACUGGAGGAGUCGAGGGUUUUUCUUCAGGCACAGAUGGAGCCUUGGAGUUCAGAGACAGGAUCGUAGUGCCAAAAGUCGAGGCUUUGCAGAAGGACAUCUUGACCGAGGCACACACCGCGCCUUAUAUAGCUCACCCUGGCAGCACCAAGAUGUACCAUGACCUGAAAAGGUCAUUCUGGUGGUGGGGAAUGAAGAAAGAUGUUUCUAGUUUCGUGAAGAAGUGUUUGGUCUGCCAGCAAGUCAAGGCCGAGCACAAGAGUCCGAUAGUCCUUCUACAAGCACUCGAGAUUCUGAGGUGGAAGUGGGAGGAAGUCACGAUGGAUUUCGUUACAGGGCUGCCCAGGUCGUCCGAGCAUCAUGACGCGAUUUGGGUGGUAGUGGACAGAUUGACGAAAGUCGCACAUUUCUUACCUGUAGCGAUGACCAUGUCGAUGGAGAAGUUGGCUGAGAUAUAUACCCGUGUAAUCGUUCGACUCCAGGGAGUGCCCGUUCAUAUCGUGUCAGAUCGAGAUCCCAGAUUUACCAACAGGUUUUGGGAGAGUUUACACGAGGCGAUGGGCACGCAGUUGCAGUUCAGUUCGGCUUACCAUCCAGAGACAGACGGUCAGUCAGAGAAAAUGAUUCAGACGCUUGAGGAUAUGCUCCGAGCGUUGGUUCUAGAUAGAGGUGAUAAGUGGGAGUCGAUUUUACCGUUAGUUGAGUUUGCCUAUAACAACAGUUAUCAGACAUUGAUCCAGAUGGCUCCUUUUGAGGCACUUUACGGGCGUAAAUGCCGCUCGCCCCUUUAUUGGGAAGAUGUCGGCGAAA